AUGCCUGCAAACUAUCAAGCUGUGCAUUUUGGUCCCGCAGCACAGGUCUUUGAGCCCAGUGACAUUUACCUGGGCCAGGUAGCCGGCUCCUUGGAAUUGCCCCAUGCCGGUACCACAACAGUUCUUGGCCACGCCCACGGCGACUUCUCGGAUGAAGCCUUGGAUGCUGCCUUGAAUGCCACAAUGGACAGCGGCAUCCGCACCUUUUUCGCUUCGGCUAUCCAUGACCUGAGCUUCGUCAAUGGCUACUCCAUCGAGGACCAAGAGCCAAAAUACUCUCGCUUGUCAACGCAGGCCAUUGGGCAAGUCGACAAUUCACCCCAGCUGCUAGACCGCUAUGGGGUCCUGAAUACCUCUAUACCAGCCGUCUUAUCCCACGCAAGCUUCAUCAGCGCCGUCGAUAUGCAGCUUCUCCGCGAAACGAAGCAGUACAUUUCGACCACGCCGGAGUCUGAAUUUCAUUACAGUCUUUUGCAUGCCCACGAAAGGCAUACCCAGGAUCAAACAAGUCCUGGUGUAGACAGGCAUUUCACCUUUUCAUGCAAUAUGGUUGGUCAAGCACACCUAUGGCUCCAGACACUCCGCGCGGACAGCUUCAACUCGACACUCGAGGAUGACCUGAAAAUCCCGUACACCAAUCCGAUGUCUGUAGGGCAGGCGUUUCUCUUGAUUAGACGAAACGGCGCGCUUGCUCUGCGGCGGCCUGACCUAGGCAUCAUAGCGGAAGGCGCGAAGGCGGACCUCGUGGUCUUCGACGGGUCAUCUCCCAAUCUGCUUGGCUGGGAUGACCCUUUCAUCGCAGUCACCUUGCACUCAAACGUCGUCGACAUUUCGGACGUUUUUGUCAAUGGAAAAUUUGUAAAACGGGACGGUAAGCUCACAUACUCAGGUUAUGCUGCCGUAAGGCAAGACUUCUUGCGAAGUGCAAGGAAGAUCCAGAGUCCCUGGGAAGAGAUGGAAUUCGUAUCACAGAGGACCAACCCACUGGAAUUCGGCAUUACUCCAUACUCGCAACCGAGGCAACACUAUGUCCAGGCUGGACCGGGAACAGGCUACUGA